CGAGAAGCACAUGACGACUUGAUGCUUGGUCUGGAAGGAAAUACGCUUGCUUUGGCCUGUAAGGGACGCUGGUUUACACUCACGGCCAUCCCGACGUAUCAUACUAAUUAGAUCUAGGCGCAUUUUUAGGCUUUACGAUGAGGAUUAGCACUGGUGGCCUCCUUGCAUUGGCGGGCCUGGUUGGGCUAGUGCACACGACCAUCGCAGUAAUACAAUACCGCCAACUCCUGAAGCUUUCCCAAGAGGAGUUUGAGUCCCUACCUGCGACAAUUGUACUUGAACUCAUUCUAUCAGCCGCAGUGGCGACGUUGGGCGCAUACUUGUUAGCAGGACCCAUCAAGGUCAUAGUCAUGCCGGCGAAGGGAAGGAGUAUGGACAUCGGCUCACAGCGCACCGACUUCAUCUCCUUCAACAUGCGCAGCAGGGCGAUGCCGCUAGACAUUCCCCCGCUGCAGCUCAGCUAGCCGCGCGGCUGAGGGAGCGACCCGGCGUGCGGGGAGCUUCCAGACAAGCCGUGCCUUGGACGUGCGGAUUAGGCGAUUUGGGCGUGCCAACAAACAGCUUUUCGUACGCAUAUGGGUGCAGCGCAACCCUCGUCCCGCUGGUUCUUGUCUUCCGGUCCAUAUCGGGAAAAAACCUAGGAAGGCUCGACCGGGAUGGUUGGAGAAAAACAGGACGCGGAUAUGGAGUAUGUGACAGUGUAACUCCGGAACAGGAGGUAAAAUGAUGUUGCCUACCGGUAUACACACGAACUGUCGCAGAAGGGGUUUAGGAGGCCUGGCACCGGCUGGCAGGAGCCUCAGAAGCCGAAACCCGCCUAUGUAACGG